UAUGCUCAACCUGUCAUUUACUUUGGAUACAUUUAGGCUGGGAUGGAAGCGGAGAUUUCUGUAAAUGAUUUACAAGAGAUUAAAUCAGCUUGGGUUGGUUGCUGGGGCUUCUAGCGUAAUGAUGAGACAGGAGGGUUGUAAAAUGUCCCUGCUGUUAAAAUGUAGGAUAUUCUACCCACUGUCUGAAUAGGGGAGGCACCCUAAUGACUGGUUUGAUGUGGUGUGAAAGAAUGAGUAGGGGACCACACAAAUAAUGUGUAUUUAAAUUGUACACUUUCACAAAAUUCUGCAUUAAGUCAAACAUAAACAGAUCAAUUGUCACACGAGACAAGUAAAAGAUUGUCUGGUACGGGCAGUUAUAUUACUGGUUGGGAUUGGGUCAAGUUGUUGUGCUUACUCGUGGUGAUGUCCCCUGUUAAUGGGAGAAACCGUGUGGACUGUCAUUCUGGCAUACUACAUUCUCUGUCUACAGAGAAUAUUAGAUGUGUCUGUGUGUUUCCUUGUCUGUCAGGUUACGGUUUUGAAAAUCCAAAUCAUGGCAAAAAAAAAUUCCCUCCCCCAAAAAUGUUGAUGUGUGAGGCGUCAGCAAACUGCAGCAGCGAGCAGAAUAUUUAAUGAAGGUUUCCGCCUGCUGCUCGCUUCCCACCCGUCCCCCCCUGUUAUUGUGCCCAGAUGGUACGGUCUGGUGUGACAGGGCCCACCCGCAUGUCGGGAGUCAGUGACAGGGGGGGAUCAGCUGUGCCAGUCCCUGCAGGCCGCACCGCACGUUGGCACACCGAGUCUCCUGGCACUGCCAGCAAAAGGGCCUGGCUCUCUGUGCUCUCUGUCCAUCGCUCCCCUUCUGCGCUCGCGCAGACUCCCUCCCUCCCCCCUACCUACCUCACUCUCCUCCACUCCCUCUGGUGUGUGCUGCUCCCUCUCCAUCCCUCCCUCCCUCUCUCACUCACUCACUCACUCUCUCUCUCUCUCUUUCUCUCUCUCUCUCCUCUUCCUCAUCAUCUAUCCCUCUGUUUUUCUCAGUGUUUCACAGAGCACUGCCUGGAGUCAUUUAGCCUGGAGCAUUUGAUCGAUCAAAUCAGGGGCGAAUCCUUUUUGUUAUUAGUUUGUUGUUGUUGUUUUUUUUGUAUUUUGUAUUUUAUUUUUUAAUUUUAACCAUCUGGAGCAUCCUACCCUCCACCGUGAACAGAGAUGCUGGCAGAGCACCGGGAGAGCAGCAGGGCUGGCUUUGGCCUGAGGAAGCAGCUCAAGAUGAACAUGGUGAAGAGGAUCAUGGGCCGUCCGCGGCAGGAGGAGUGCAGCCCGCAGGACAACGCGCUCGGCCUCAUGCACCUGCGCCGCCUCUUCUCCGAGCUCUGCCACCCGCCGCGUCACAUGACCCAGAAGGAGCAGGAGGAGAAGCUCUACAUGAUGCUACCCGUCUUCAACAGGGUGUUUGGGAACGCUCCCCCGAGCUCCAUGAACGAGAAGUUCGCCGACCUGCUCCAGUUCACCACGCAGGUGUCCCGCCUCAUGGUGACCGAGAUCCGACGCAGGGCCUCCAACAAGUCCACAGAGGCUGCGAGCCGAGCCAUAGUACAGUUCCUGGAGGUAAAUCAGAGCGAGGAGACGAGCCGUGGCUGGAUGCUCUUGACCACCAUCAACCUGCUAGCUUCGUCCGGACAAAAAACGGUGGAUUGCAUGACCACCAUGUCGGUGCCCUCCACGCUGGUGAAGUGUCUGUACCUGUUCUUCGACCUGCCACACACGCCCGAGGUGCCGGCGGCCACGCAGACAGAGCUGCCCCUGGCUGACCGGCGCGCCCUCCUGCAGAAGGUGUUCGUACAGAUCCUGGUGAAGUUGUGUAAUUACGUGUCCCCGGCGGAGGAGCUGGCCCAGAAGGACGACCUGCAGCUGCUGUUCAGUGCCAUCACAUCCUGGUGUCCACCACAUAACCUGCCCUGGAGGGCCAGCGCCGGGGAGGUGCUCACCACCAUCUCCAGACACGGCCUCAGCGUCAACGUGGUCAAAUACAUACACGAGAAAGAGUGCCUCUCCACGUGCAUCCAGAACAUGCAGCAGUCGGAUGACCUGUCGCCCCUGGAGAUCGUGGAGAUGUUCGCCGGGCUCUCGUGCUUCCUGAAGGACUCCAGUGACGUGUCCACAACGCUCCUGGAUGACUUCCGCAUGUGCCAGGGCUACAACUUCCUGUGUGACCUCAUGCUCAGGCUGGAGCAGGCCAAAGAGGAGGAGUCCAAAGACGCGCUGAAGGACCUGGUGAACCUGGUGACCUCGCUGACCACCUACGGCAUGAGCGAGCUGAAGCCGGCCGGCCUCACCACCGGCGCCCCCUUCCUGCUGCCGGGCUUCGUGGUCCCGCAGGCCACUGGGAAAGGCCAGACGGUGCGUAACAUCCAGGCCUUCUCCGUGCUCCAGAACGCCUUCCUGAAGGCGCGCACCGCCCGGCUGGCGCGCGUCGUCCUGGAAGCCAUCGGCAACGUCUACGCGGCCGACCGCGCCAACUACUUCAUCCUGGAGGCGCAGCACACGCUCUCGCAGCUGGCCGACAAGGUGGCGCGCGUGCCCGACACCACGCCCAAGUACUUCGAGCUGCUGGAGUUCGUGGUGUUCGGCCUGAACUACGUGCCGUGCAAGGAGCUGUUCAGCGUGAGCGUGCUGCUGAAGGCGAGCGGCGCCGGGCCCUGCGCCCUGACGGCCACGCGCUCCCUGCUCAAGCUGUCGCGCCACCACGCGGUCUUCAGCGACGUGUUCCGCGAGGUGGGCCUGCUGGAGGUGCUGGUCAACCUGCUGCACAAGUACGCGGCGCUCAUGAAGGACCCGGCCACCCAGCACCAGCAGAACCACAACAACCAGCAGAACCACAACCAGCAGGCGCCCAACGAGGGUGACUGUAAGAACAACGUGUCUGAAGAUCAGAAGCAGCUGGCUUGGCUGGUGAUGGAGACGCUCACAGUCCUACUGCAGAACUCCAACACCAACGCAGGGCUGUUCCGUGAGUUUGGUGGGGCACGCUGCGUGCACAACAUCGUAAAGUACCGGCAGUGCCGCGAGCACGCGCUCAUGAUCAUCCAGCAGCUGGUGCUGUCUCCCAGUGGAGAUGACGACAUGGGCACUCUACUGGGUCUCAUGCACUCGGCCCCCGCCACGGAGCUGCAGCUCAAAACAGACAUACUGCGGGCCCUGUUGGCCGUACUGAGAGAGAGCCACCGCACGCGCACGGUCUUCCGCAAGGUUGGUGGCUUCGUCUACGUCACCUCCCUGCUGGUGGCCAUGGAGCGAUCGCUGUGCUCGCCGCCCCAGAGCGGCUGGGAGCGGGCCAACCAGAACCAGGUGUUCGAGCUCCUGAACGCCGUCUUCUGCACGCUCACGGCGGCCAUGCGCUACGAGCCGGCCAACUCGCACUACUUCCGCACCGAGAUCCAGUACGAGAAGCUGGCCGACGCGGUGCGCCUGCUCGGCUGCUUCUCCGAGGCCAAGAAGGUGGGUCCGGUGGGGUCGGCGCGGCCCUCCAACGCCCAGCCCUUCCAGCGCAUGCUGGAGGAGGAGCACGCCAGUUGCGCGGCCAACCAGCAGCUGGUGCCUGUGCCCACCCAGGCGCAGACGGACGGGGUGAGCCCCACGCUCAGACACUGUGGCAAGCUCUUCAUCUACCUGUACAAGAUGGCCACCGACUCCUUCGACAGUCGUGCGGAGCAGGUGCCCCCCUGCCUGACACACGAGACCUCCCUGCCCUCCCCCUGGGGCACGCCAGCACUCACCAGGAAGAGACAUGGCUACCACGGCUCGUCCAGUAAUGUCCCAGUCAAGACCGUGGUGGACCUGAAGCACCACCUGGGCAACCCCUCCUCCCCGCACUUGUCUGACCCGACGGUCAUCCACCCUGGAGCCGCCCUCGCCAUGCUGGACCUGCUGGCCUCCGUCAGCUCCGACACGCAGCCCGAGCAUGCUCUGGACUUGCAGCUGGCGGUGGCCAACCUGCUGCAGCUGCUGGUGCACUCUGAGCGGAACCAGCAGGUUCUGUGUGAGGCGGGCCUGCACUCGCGCCUGCUGCAGCGCUGCAGUUGCGCCCUGGCUGACGAGGACCACCCGCUCCACCCGCCCCUGCAGAGGAUGUUCGAGCGCCUCGCCUCACAGGCUCUGCAGCCCAUGGUGCUCAGGGAGUUCUUGCGGCUGGGCAACCCGCUGAACUGCGGCGCCUGGGACAAGAAGCUACUGAAGCAGUACCGCGUGCACAAGCCCAGCUCCCUCAGCUAUGAGGCCGAGAUGAGAAGUAGCAUGACCAUGUCGAUGGAGGGGUUCGGGCCGGAUAGCGUGUUCGCGGUGACCGAGGACACCAGCCAGUACCGCAUCAGCCGCAGCCUGGUGCGCUCGUCCGAGGACAGCACGGUGCCCCUCACGCGUGUCAAGUGCCUGGUCUCCAUGACGACGCCACACGACAUCCGGCUGCAUGGCUCCGCUGUCACGCCCGCCUUUGUGGAGUUUGACACCUCGCUGGAGGGCUUUGGCUGUUUGUUCCUGCCCAGCCUGGCCCCUCAUAACGCCCCCUCCAACAACGCCAACGCAUCUGGAGUCAGCGAUGGAGCUGUGAUCAGCGGCAUGGGAGUUGGUGAGCGCCUGUUCCCCCCGCCGUCGGGCCUGAGCUACUCCUGCUGGUUCUGUAUCGAGCGCUUCAGCACGCCACCUCAGAACCACCCGGUGCGGCUGCUCACCAUGGUGAGGCGGGCCAGCGCCUCCGAGCAGCACUACGUGUGCCUGGCCGUGGUGCUGUCCGCCAAAGACCGCUCGCUCAUCGUCUCCACCAAAGAGGAGCUGCUGCAGAACAAUGUGGAUGACUUCAGCGAGGAGUCGUCCUUCUACGAGAUCCUGCCGUGCUGCGCUCGUUUCCGCUGUGGCGAUCUGAUCAGCGAGGGCCAGUGGCACCACCUGGUGCUGGUCAUGAGCAGGGGCAUGCUCAAGAACAGCAUGGCCACGCUCUACAUCGACGGGCAGAUGGUCAGCACCGUCAAGCUCCACUACGUCCACAGUACGCCAGGUGGCUCGGGCUCGACCAACCCCCCGGUGGUGAGCGCCGUGUACAGCUACGUGGGCACACCCCCCGCCCAGCGGCAGGUCUCCACGCUGGUGUGGCGUCUGGGUCCCACCCACUUCCUGGAGGAGGUGCUGCCCUCAGCCAGCGUGGCCGCCAUCUAUGAACUGGGGCCCAACUACGCCGGAACCUUCCAGGCCGUCUACCUGCCCUGUAAAGACUCGAAGGUGGAGGCGUCUCCACCCUGCCCGGUGGCGCUGGUGCCGGAGGAGAAGGUCUCGUUCAGCCUGUACGCCUUCUCCGUGCUGGCCCUCACCGUGGCCAAGAUCAGGAAGGUCUACAACAAGCUGGACAGCAAGGCCAUCGCCAAGCAGCUGGCGGUGUCUUCCCACGAGAACGCCACGCCGGUGAAACUCAUCAACAACUCAGCGGGCCACCUCAAUGGCCCUGCCCGCACCAUAGGAGCCGCCGUGAUUGGCUACCUGGGAGUGCGUGCAUUCGAGUCAAAGCCCGUAGCCACGAUCCUGCAGUACGUCGGGGGUGCGGCAGCCAUCUUGGGACUUGUCGCCAUGGCGUCAGACGUGGAAGGGCUUUACGCAGCAGUUAAGGCACUGGUGUGCGUUGUCAAGAGCAACCCCCUGGCCAGCAAAGAGAUGGAGCGCAUCAAAGGCUACCAGCUGCUGGCCAUGCUGCUGAAGAAGAAGCGUCAUCUGCUGAACAGCCACAUCCUCCACCUGACCUUCUCCCUGGUGGGCACGGUGGACAGCGGCCACGAGACCUCCAUCAUCCCCAAUUCCACCGCCUUCCAGGACCUGCUGUGUGACUUUGAGGUUUGGCUUCAUGCUCCAUACGAGCUUCACCUGUCUCUCUUUGAACAUUUCAUCGAGCUGCUGACAGAGUCCAGCGAGGCGGCGAAGAAUGCGAAGCUGCUGCGUGAGUUCCAGCUGAUUCCCAAGCUGCUGCUCACACUGAGGGACACGUCCCUCUCUCAGCCCACCAUCACAGCCAUCAGCAGCGUACUCAGCCUCCUGCUGCAGGGGUUCCCCAACUCCUAUGACCUGCUCAGGUUCGGACAAUUUAUCUCCUCCACGUUGCCCACGUUCGCCGUGUGUGAGAAGUUUGUUGUCAUGGAAAUCAACAGUGAGGAGAAAGUGGAUGGAGGGAUCGAGGAUGACUUUGGUGGCCUGCUGUCGGCCAACGUGAUUCUGCUGAGGAACCGGCUGCUGGACAUCCUGCUCAAGCUGCUCUUCACCGCCAAGGAGAAAUGCACCGUCAACACGCAGGCGUGUGAGGAGCUGGUGCGGACGCUGGGCUUCGACUGGCUGCUCAUGUUCAUGGAGGAGCACCUGCACUCCAGCUCCGUCACCGCCGCCCUCUGGAUCCUGGUGGUGUUGCUCAGCAACCAGCCCAUCCUGGGACGCUUCAAGGAGGGCCUGUCCGGAGGAGGCUGGCUGGACCACACCGACUCUGUGCUGACCAAUAAGAUUGGGACUGUGCUGGGGUUCAACGUGGGCCGCAAUGCGGGCGGGCGCUCCACGCUGCGCGAGAUCAACCGCGACGCGUGCCACUUCACCGGCUUCCCCGUCAUGCAGGCGCUUCUGCCCAAGCACACCAACGUGCCCGAGCUCUACUUCCUGAUCAUGGCUCUCUUCCUGCAGCAGCCUGUCAGCGAGCUGCCAGAGAGCCUGCAGGUACAUUUUGACCUGGACUCCAUUUGGUCGUUCAUCUUCGGCGUGCCGGCCUCCAGUGCCACAGUGGUGAACUCCAUCCACAGCGUGUGCACAGAGGCAGCCUUCCUGCUGCUGGCCAUGCUGCGCAGCAUGCUCAACCUGCCAUGGCAGUCGGAGGAGGAGGGCUCGUGGCUGAGGGAGUACCCCGUCACGCUCAUGCAGUUCUUCCGCUACCUGUACCACAACGUGCCCGACCUGAGUCCCAUGUGGCACAGCCCGGAGUUCCUGUGCGCCCUGGCCGCCACCGCCUUCCCCUUCAACAUCAGACCCUACUCCGAGAUGGUCACUGACUUGGAUGAUGAAGCAGGCUCUCCUACUGAGGAAUUCAAGGCCUUUGCAGCUGACAGCGGCAUGAACCGCAGCCAAUCGGAGUACUGCAACGUGGGCGCCAAGACCUACCUGACCAAUCACCCGGCCAAGAAGUACGUGUUUGACUUCAUGCGCGUGCUCAUCAUGGACAACCUGUGCCUGAGCCCAGCCAGCAAGCAGACCCCCAUCAUCGACCUGCUACUGGAGGCCUGCCCAGAGCGCUCCACCAGGGCCCAGCAGAAGGAGUUUCAGUCCUACAUCCUGGACAGCGUCAUGGAGCACCUGCUGGCCGCUGAUGUGCUUCUGGGAGAGGACGCCUCCAUGCCCAUCACCACCGGGGGCAACUACCAGACGCUGGUCAACAACGUCUUCUAUUUCACCCAGCGUGUGGUGGACAAGCUCUGGCAGGGCAUGUUCAACAAGGAGUCCAAACUGGUAGUGGAGUUCAUCGUGCAGCUCAUUAGUCAGUCCAAGCGGCGGUCCCAAGGCUUAUCCCUGGACUCCAUCUACCACUGCCUGAACCGCACGGUUCUGUACCAGCUGUCGCGGCCGCACAAGACCGUCCCGCAGCAGGUGGCCCUGCUGGACUCGCUGCGCGUGCUCACCGUCAACCGCAACCUGGUGCUGGGACCGGGCAACCAUGACCAGGAGUUUGUGUCCUGCCUGGCACACUGUUUCAUGAACCUGCACGCCGGGAGUAGCGUAGAGGGAUUUGGUCUUGAAGCGGAAGCGAGGAUGACGACCUGGCACGUCAUGGUACCGUCUGAACACGAGGCCGACGCUGUCCACAGCCAGGACCAUAGCGAAGGCCGUCAGUUGCUGCUGAAGGCAGUGAACCGCGUGUGGACGGAGCUGAUGCACAGCAAGAGGCCGAUGCUGGAGGAUAUCUUCAAGGUGUCUCUGCCCACCAAUGACCGCGGCCACGUGGACAUCACCACAGCACGACCUGGCCUCGAGGAGCCAGCCGCCAAGAGCUGGCAGAACCACCUGGUCCAUGAGAAGAAGUGUAUCAGUCGAGGGGAGUCGUUGGCUCCGGCCACCCAGUCCAAGCUGUCUCGUGUCAGCAGUGGCUUUGGCCUGUCCAAGCUGACGGGAGCUCGCCGCCACAAGAAAGAGAACAGCCUCAAUAAGAACAACCUCUCUGCACAGGAAACCUGCCAGUGGAUGUUCACUCACAUAGCGGUGGUGCGUGACCUCGUCGCUAUGCAGUACAAAGAGUACCAGGAGAGGCAGCAGAACGCGCUAAAGUACGUGACUGACGAGUGGGCGGGCAUUGAGUAUGAGUUGCUACGGGAACGCGGCCUGUGGGGGCCUCCCAUUGGUUCUAUCUUGGACAAGUUCCAGCUGGACAUGACGGAGGGCCCUUGCCGCAUGAGGAAGAAGAUGGUGCGCAACGAUCUCUUCUACAUCCACUACCCCUUCGUACCCGAACAGGAGCCCUCCUCCGGCAACCACCAGAGGCCGGUGCGGUACCGGCGGGCCAUCAGCUACGACAGUAAGGAGUACUACAUGCGGCUGCUGUCGGGCAACCCAGGCAUGUACCAGCACUCAGUGGAGCACAGCACAGAGGGAGAGACCACGCCGCACGAGCCCGAGCACGGAGAGGACACCAUCGCCAGGGUCAAAGGUCUGGUGAAGGCUCCUUUGAAGCGCUCACGCUCCACAGCUGACGGUCAGGAUGAGGAGAGUCAGGAGGGCCUGCAGGAGCAGCUGCUGGAGUCAGGAGCCGAGGAGGAGCAGAAGACCGACAACACCACACUGCUGCGCCUCCUGGAAGAGGGAGAGAAGAUCCAGCACAUGUACCGGUGUGCGCGCGUACAGGGCCUGGACACCAGCGAAGGCCUGCUGCUCUUUGGCAAGGAGCACUUCUACGUCAUCGACGGCUUCACCAUGACCAUCACACGUGAGAUCAGAGACAUCGAGACGCUCCCGUCCAACCUGCAUGAGCCCAUCAUUCCCAGAGGAGCACGUCAGAGCCAAAGUAUGCUGAAGAGGACCUGCAGCAUCUUCGCCUACGAGGACAUCAGGGAGGUGCACAAGCGCCGCUACCUGCUGCAGCCAAUGGCAGUAGAGGUGUUCUCCGGUGAUGGACGAAAUUACCUACUGUCUUUCCAGAAAGGAGUACGGAAUAAAGUGUAUCAGAGGUUCUUGGCUGUGGUCCCCUCCCUCGCUGACAGCUCUGAGUCUGUCUCUGGUCAGAGACCUAACACCAGUGUGGAGCAGGGCUCGGGGCUCCUCAGCACUCUGGUCGGAGAAAAGUCUGUUACCCAGAGAUGGGAGAGAGGAGAGAUCAGUAACUUCCAGUACCUGAUGCAUCUCAACACGCUGGCCGGCCGCUCCUAUAACGACCUGAUGCAGUACCCCGUCUUCCCCUGGAUCCUGGCCGACUUCGACUCAGAGGAACUGGACCUAACUAACCCAAAGACAUUCCGCAACCUGUCCAAGCCCAUGGGUGCCCAGACAGACGACCGACUCAUCCAGUACAAGAAGAGGUUUAAGGACUGGGAGGAUCCCACUGGUGAGACGCCUGCUUACCACUAUGGCACUCACUACUCCUCGGCCAUGAUCGUGGCGUCCUACCUGGUGAGGAUGGAACCCUUCACCCAGAUAUUCCUGCGCCUACAGGGAGGUCACUUUGACCUGGCUGACCGGAUGUUCCACAGUGUGAGGGAGGCCUGGAUGUCUGCCUCCAAACACAACAUGGCCGAUGUCAAAGAGCUCAUCCCAGAGUUCUUCUACCUCCCAGAGUUUAUGCUCAACUCCAACAACUUUGACCUAGGCGCCAAACAGAACGGCACAAGGCUGGGAGACGUGAUUCUGCCCCCCUGGGCUAAAGGAGACCCGCGGGAGUUCAUCCGCGUGCACAGACAGGCCCUGGAGUGUGACUACGUGAGCUCCCACCUGCACGAGUGGAUCGACCUGAUCUUCGGCUACAAGCAGCAGGGUCCUCCGGCCGUGGAGGCGGUCAACGUGUUCCACCACCUCUUUUACGAGGGCCAGGUGGACAUCUACAACAUCAACGACCCGCUCAAGGAGACCGCCACCAUCGGCUUCAUCAACAACUUCGGCCAGAUCCCCAAACAGCUAUUUAAGAAGCCCCACCCACCCAAGCGAGUGCGUGGCCGUACCAACGGUGAACCGGCAAGCGCGCCGGCUUCCCUCAGCUCCAGCACCGACAAGAUCUUCUUCCAUCACCUAGACAACCUGCGGCCCUCCCUCGUCCCGGUCAAAGAGCUGAAGGACCCUGUGGGGCAGAUAGUGUGCACUGAUAAGGGCGUCCUGGCGGUGGAGCAGAAUAAGGUCCUGGCCCCACCCGUCUGGAACAAGACAUUUGCCUGGGGCUAUGCAGACCUCAGCUGUCGCCUGGCCAACUACGAGUCCGACAAGGCGGUGAUUGUGUAUGAGUGUCUGUCGGAGUGGGGCAAGAUCCUGUGUGCCAUCUGCCCCAACCCCAAGCUGGUCAUCACCGGAGGAACCAGCACGGCCAUCUGUGUUUGGGAAACCGGCACCGCCAAAGAGAGAGCCAAGACUCUAGCCCUCAAACAGGCUCUGUUGGGCCACACUGAUGCUGUGACUUGCCUGACUGCGUCCUCUGCGUACCACAUUGUGGUGAGUGGCUCUCGAGAUCGCACGUGCAUCAUCUGGGACCUCAACAAGCUGGCCUUCAUCACCCAACUCAGGGGACACCGCGCUCCUGUGUCUGCCCUCUGUAUCAACGAGCUCACCGGGGACAUUGUGUCGUGUGCUGGCACCUACAUCCACGUGUGGAGUAUCAACGGCAGUCCCAUCGCCAGCACCAACACCUUCACAGGGCGCAGCCAGCAGAUCCUGUGCUGCUGCGUCUCCGAGAUGAACGAGUGGGACACGCAGAACGUCAUCGUCACCGGCCACUCCGACGGCGUUGUCAGGUUCUGGAGGAUGGAGUUCCUACAAGUCCCAGAAACCCCUGCUCCGGAGCCCGUGGAGCCUCCUGAUGUGAACGACUGCUGUGGGGAGGAUAAGAUGGCCACAGAGGGACGCGAGACCCACGAGGACGACAGCAGCGAGUCCGAGGGGGAGGAGCAGAGCGUCAGCGUCGCCGCCAGCAACGGCGACCCCAAACCCAGCCCCGCCCACAAUCACAACGCUGGCCCCGCCCACAGUCGCCCUCGAGUCCCCGCCCCCCGGGCCAUGGCCUCCUGGUCCCUGGACAGCAGCUCAGACGACUCGCGCCGCUGGUCCGACACCCUCAGCAUCGACGAGAAGGAGGGCUUUGUCUUCGUCAACUACUCCGAGGGCCAGGGGCCCGGGCAGGGGCAGGGACAGGGACAGGGACAGGGCCGACCGGGGCAGCCCCCACACCCACACCCCCACCAUAACCCCCACCCAAACCCCAACCCCCACCCACACCCACACCACCCCUCCCAGAGCGCCGUGCCACAGCCCUUGCAGCCCAGCACCAUGGAGGGCCGGCCCUACAACAGGCUCAGGCCAGGUACCGCUGACGCUAGCCACUGCACCCCCCACAUUCCACUUAAACAGGACUUCACUUUACAGGGUCAUCACACGCCAGGGAGGGACUUGAAAGGAGCUGAAGUUGCCACACAUUUAAGCUACAGAUGGGAGCGGCAGCUGGUGUUCCGGAGCAAGCUCACCAUGCACACCGCCUUCGACCGCAAGGACAAUGCCCACCCAGCCGAGAUCACGGCACUCGCCAUCUCAAAGGACCACAGUAAGAUCCUGGUGGGUGACGGACGCGGGCGCGUGUUCAGCUGGUCAGUGAGUGAGCAGCCUGGACGCUCGGCCGCGGACCACUGGGUGAAGGAUGAGCAGGUGGACAGCUGCUCCGGCUGCACCGUCCGCUUCUCCCUCACCGAGAGACGCCACCACUGCAGGAACUGCGGACAGCUCUUCUGCCAGAAGUGCAGCCGCUUCCAGUCGGAGAUCAAGCGGCUGAAGAUCUCGUCCCCGGUGCGCGUGUGCCAGAACUGUUACUACAACCUGCAGCACGAGCGCAACUCCGAGGACAGCUGCAAGAAUUAGGCACUCUUGCCUGCCUCCUCUUCCUCGUCCUUGUCUCCCAUCCUCUUCCUCAUCCUCGCCCCCAUCAUCGCCACUUGUUGUCACCGAUCCCCUCAUCAUUCGGGACCUGCCAGCCAGCACGUUCUGGCCUGCCCCCCUACCUGGAUGUGUUCAUGUGCGUGUGCUUGUGUAUGUGGGUAUGUGAGUAACAAUGUGGACAGUACAUGUAGAAGAAAAGAUGAUCUGUGAUGUAUUCAAAUGUAUGAGUAAGUUCGAUACAGGAAAUGGUUGGGCAAUGUGUUUUUCUUUUUUUCUUUUUUUUAUUCUGUUGCGGUCAACAAGAUGUCCUUCAGGAAUCCUUGUGUUUUCCUUGUCAUCACGUUUUAGAUUUUAGAUGACCUGUGCGUUAUGCCUCGCGAAGUGAGAAACACCUGUUAAUAGUGUAAAUAAUUACAAUGGCCUUUUUAACUAGAACAGGAAAGAGGAGGAAAAAAAUUAAUUACUGAGAAGAAUAAAAACACAGUCAUUGCCUGUAACAUUGCAUUAUAACAUGCCACUCCUGGUGUUAAAACAAAUACAAAAAAAAAAAAAAAAAAAACACAAAACAAAAAGAUUGUGUUUAGCCAGUGUCACUAGUCACAAAGGUCCCAGUGGGGAUAAUAUUGGGGACGAUGAAUGUUAAUAAUAAAUGUUUGUGGGUUGACAUUACUAGCGCGUCUAGUUAUGCAAAUACUUACUUCUUUUGUUUACAGUGGUUUUGUUUCAUUUGUUUUGAUGUGUUGCCCACAGUAUCAUAUAGUUGCCAUUCCAAUGGAAAACACUGUCACGAGUUUCCGAAGGUCAUUUGCCAAACUGCCGGUACAUCACUCAGUGUUGUGUACUUGAAAGGCCUGUUUGUAGAACUUGUAGAUCUUUUUCAGAACCAUAUUUUGUUGUCCUUGUGUGUCACUUUUAGUUCCCGAGCCAUUAAUCAACAGUAACUGAAUAAUAUAUAUACAUAUGUAUGUUUUUUUUUUGUAUGUUCUGAUAUUGUCAAGAUGCUACACGUGUGACACAGUGCAGUAAGAUGAAAAUCAUGUGUCUGUAACGAUACACAAAGAGGGAAAAUGAUUAUUGAUCAUUGAUCAUAUGUAUGUAGAGUAUGAGAUGUGAUUUUGUUUGUUUGUAUUUGUUUGGUCCUCCAAAUGCUCCACUUGUCUAGGCUAACAAGGGAUUUUUCUGGCCAGAUUGUUUGGUUUAAUUUAAAACUGGAUUUGUAAUUGCAGUCAACAUUACUGUGUUAAAUCCCCCCCUCCCCACCCCUAUUUUUUCCUUUCAUAUCCAGUGAAGUCAGAGACCAAGUCCAGUGUAACAGGUCAUUAAACGCCAGUGUAGAUACUGCUGGCCAAUUAUGUAAGCAAUAGAUUAUGUCCAGUUAUUUAUGAAAAUAUUGCAAGGGUUAUUUCCUUGCUGUGAAGUCACACUUGUAGCAUGUAACUUGAUUGAUAUAUGUCACUCCAUUAGAAAAGGGAUCUCACACAUUUCACUUUAGUCUCAUCAUGGUUACCUACGAGAUGCGACAAUGUCCGUCAUAGCUCUUUUUUGCUGUUGCCUGCCUAUCGAUAUGUCAAACUUUGUCUCCCUCCCUUGAGUGUCCUUUGCUGGUGGUACUGUGGGCAAUACUAAACAGAAGUGCUGCUUUAAUGACUAGAAAGAUUAUUCUUUCUCUUUUUUUUUUUCCUUUCUCUUUAUGUCCCUCUUGACACGUCUGACACAAAUCACUUUAAAGAACUGUUACACAAGUGCAGUAGGUUCACUGUCUUUAAAAAAAAAAAGAAAAAAAAGUUCUCCCUAAGAUCCGCCAUACAAUAUGCACUCACUAUUAUUAUCGUUAUUGCUAGUAUCGUUGUUAUUCAAAUCGAUAAUGACGAUAUCAUUAUACAUUAAUGUACUGUAUCUAGCGUGCAAUCAUAACAUCAAGCUGUUAAGGUUUGCUGUUUGCAAGCAGCUUCAAAGCCAGAUGGCUGUAUCAAUCGGAACUUGUUUUUGCACCUUCACGUGUACAAAAAUGUCAAGGAAAUCUUUUAUGGAAUGCAUUUCUUUUUUUUAUGUUAGCGGGCUAUCAUUUUAAAGGGUGCGUUUCUUUUCAGUGAGAGACAAACUGUACAAAGUAUUUAUGCAAUUAUACUUUUUUCUCUUUUUUUAUUGUUAUUCUGAAUUAUGAAUUCUUGUAAUUUCAGCAAGUUUGGUUACUUGUUGCAUGUCUAACACAGCUGACUUUAUGUGUCAGUGCAUUGUACAUGUUUGGCAUUACGAACUAUGAGUUUCUGUUUUAGUUUUUCCUUUGUUUCCUAUGGCUCAUGUUAAUGGCAUUAUCUAAGUAGUUCUGCACCUGGGGAGAUGUGUAAGUGUACUGCAGAGAGAACCCAGAUGGAAGAGCCUUGCCUCUCAGCUGACUUUUGUACUCCGCUUUGGGACUUAAAGACCGGAUCAAAUCCACAGGGGGUUCUUAUUCAUUUUCGGUGGUCUCGUGUUAGACUGCAUUACUACAGUGUUUAGUGUGCAAUCUGUGGUAGAUGAAUGUUCAUUGUAUAUUUGUGUUCAGUACAGCUGCAAGAAAAUUCUUAGAAGUAACCCCUAAAAAACAUGUUACUUAUAAUGCAAUAGAUCUGGUACUCAUUUUUUUCUUUUCUUUUCUUUUUUAUUUAAUUUUUCGAUUAAAUCCUUGCUGUUUUCCACCGAAA